AUGAUGAACAGUAGCUUUGGAGGGUGUGCGGGACAACGGAAGCCCAAAGGGCAUGGAAAGGCUAAAGAACCAAAGGAGACAGAAAUCUGUCCAGCCGCUACCCGUAGCCCAAAAAUGGUACUACCCGUAGCCAGUGAUCAGAAGCUGUGUCAAAUUGCAAAACGAGACUACUACCCGGUUUUCAAGUGUAUGCGUGGUGGUCAUCGUGGAGCCUUUCGGAGCCCAACUUCUAAAAGGCUUCAUAGAUCUUUUUCUCCUCCUCGACCCAAAACUCCUCGUCGGGUUCGAGCUAGGACACCGCCACCCCAAAGAAUUCCUUUUUCUGUAAGAACCCCUCCUCGAGAAAGAAUGGCCGGAAACGGUGAAGGAGAAAUGCCACCGGUUGUGCCCGAAAGGACCAUGAGUGACUAUAUGAAUCCGGCCCGUUCUACUCCGCGGCCCACUAUAGUCCUUCCGGCCACAACCGACGCGAAUAACUUCACCGUUAAAAUGCAUCACAUUAACAUGAUGCCAUCUUUUUAUGGCAAAGACAAAGAAUGCCCGUACACUCAUAUGCGGGCAUUCGAGGAAUUGGUUUCCACAAUAGUGUCCACGCCCGCUCAGCUUGAGUCCGCAAAACUAAAACUCUUCCCAUUUUCUGUGAAAGACAAAGCCAAGAUUUGGUUGAAUAACAUGAGGCCCCAAUCCUUGGGAUGCUUUCCAAGCACCCGACUUCUUAUGGAUAGCAUGUGUGUGGGUGGAGUCAUGGCUAAAACCCCUGAUGCGGCGUGGGACUAUUUUGAGGAAUUAGCUGAAAAAACUCAAAACUGGGAUUGCUCGGACCCCUCUGAAAAGAAUGUGUUUAAUCCGGUUCCGAGCAAUUCCGGUAAAUUUCAAUUGAAUGAGCAAAAUGAGUUAGCCCACAAGGUCGCCCAGCUUUCCCGCCAAAUUGAAACUUUACAACUCAACAAAGUUGCUGGGGUGGCCUCUGUGGCCAAGGCGGAAGACAUUUGUGUUUUAUGUGAAGUUGCAGGUCAUGCUACGGGGGAUUGUCAAAUGCUCCCUGCUGUUAAGGAUAUUCUCCAAGGAACUGGCCCAUCGGAGGUCAACGCCGUUAAUCAACGGUUUGACCCUUAUUCUCAGACUUUCAAUCCGGGUUGGAAGAUGCAUCCUAAUUUCCGGUGGAGCGAUUCUCAACCUCCCGGACUGCCACAAGUUCCACCGUCUCAACAAAACCAAGCUUUCCGGCCUUCUCAAUCUCAAGGAGCGCCAAGGUUUUCUCAACAUCAACAACCACCGGGAUUUGCACCUCCGGGACCUCCUCAUGGGCAAAAUCAAUUCCAACCUCAAAAGCGAUCUUUGGAGGAUAUUAUGUCAUCUUUUAUGCAAAGUCAAACGUCCCUCAACGAGCAAACCACUCAAACGCUUGGGGAAAUCAAAAAUCAAAUGGCAAAGUUGACUAAUACGGUGGGGGUUCUUCAACAAGAAAAGGGGAAGCUUCCGACUCAACCCCAAGCAAAUCCCAACGGAACUCAUUUUCUGGGGAGCUCUUCGGUGCCUAGUCCCGAGCAAGCCAAGUCCAUUAUAACACUGCGGAGUGGCAAGGAAGUUGAUACGGCCGUUGUCCCCAAGCCUAGCAAGCCACGGCCUUCUCCCGUUGGUGAGCAACCGGCAAAAUCUCAAGAGGAAGAACCCAAAGGCCCCGCCUCUCAAUUUCCAGCUCCUUUUCCCCAAAGAUUGAAGGCACCGGCCCGUGCCAAUACCAAUGCCGAGAUUUAUGAGCUUUUCAAGCAAGUGAGAAUCAAUAUUCCGUUGGUGGAUGCCGUCAAGCAAAUUCCCACGUAUGCCAAGUUUCUCAAAGACUUAUGCACUCAAAAGCGUAAGUUGAAUGUUCAAAAGAAGGUUUUCUUGACGGAACAAGUGAGCUCUAUUAUUCAAACCAACGUGGUUCCCAAGUAUAAAGAUCAGGGUUGUCCAACCAUCUCCAUCACCAUUGGCGACAAGAAGAUUGAAAAAGCCCUCCUCGAUUUGGGGGCUAGUGUGAACUUGCUUCCGUAUUCUAUUUAUGAACAACUUGGAUUGGGGGAGAUGAGGCCAACAUCGGUGACCCUUCAAUUGGCUGAUAGAAGCAUUCGUGUUCCACGCGGGAUGGUGGAGGAUGUACUCGUGCAAGUAGAUAACUUUAUCUAUCCUGUGGAUUUUAUCGUGUUGGAUACAUGCCCUGUGCCCUCCUCGCAAGUGUCAACGUUGACUCCGGUCAUUCUUGGGCGUCCAUUCCUGGCCACUUCCAAUGCCGUUAUCCAUUGCCGAAGCGGUUUGCUAAACCUCACUUUCGGCAACAUGAGGAUGGAGGUGAAUGUGUUUAAUAUCGGAAGCCAAAUGGGGGAUGACGAGUGUGUUCAUGAAGUCAAUCUUAUUGAUUCUUUGGUCCAAGAGCAUAUGGACACUUUCUUGUGUAAGGAUCCGUUGGAGGUGUGCCUUACCGCCGAAGAAAAAAAAUUUCUUGACUCAUUGGAGGUGGAGUAUUUGUGUUCUUUGCUUGACAUUGAAGAUGUUUGUGGGACGGACGUAUGGUCUCCGAAAUUUGAAGAGUUGCCUCCUCUCGAGAGCAAGACCCUUCCCUCGAGUAUUCAAUCACCAAAACUCGAGUUGAAGGUCCUCCCGGAAACAUUGAAAUAUGCCUUUUUAGGUGAAAAUGAAACUUACCCGGUGGUGAUCUCCUCCUCUCUCGUCGGCUCGCAAGAAUCCCAACUCCUUGAAAUUCUAAAGCGGCAUACCAAAGCCAUUGGUUGGUCUAUCGCGGAUAUUAAGGGGAUCGAUGCUUCAAUUUGUUCCCACCACAUUGCCCUCGAGGACGACGUCAAACCUUCUCGCCAACCCCAACGCCGGUUGAAUCCCAUAAUGAAAGAUGUGGUGAAGGCGGAGGUUUUGAAACUCUUGGAUGUGGGAAUUAUUUAUCCUAUUGCCGACAGUAAGUGGGUUAGCCCCAUUCAAGUAGUUCCCAAGAAAUCCGGUGUCACGGUGGCACCCAACGCCAACAAUGAAUUGGUCCCUCCUCGAGUCACUACCGGUAUCGAAGUCGACAAGGCCAAGAUUGAUCUUAUUGCCACCCUCCCGACCCCUAAAUGUGUCAAGGACAUCCGCUCUUUCCUCGGGCAUGCCGGUUUCUAUCGCCGUUUUAUCAAAGAUUUUAGUGCAAUAUCUCGGCCAUUGUGCCAUCUUCUCUCAAAGGAUACCCCGUUUGAAUGGACUCCGGCGUGUGAGGAAGCAUUCAAUAAGUUGAAAUCAAGUCUCACUUCUCCUCCCAUUGUACAAACACCGGAUUGGAAUUUGCCAUUUGAACUCAUGUGCGACGCUAGUGAUUAUGCGGUUGGGGCGGUUCUCGGGCGGCAAAGAAAGGACAAAAAUCCUUAUGUUAUCUAUUAUGCGAGCAAGACUCUAAACGAAGCUCAAAUGAACUAUUCCACCACCGAGAAAGAGUUGCUUGCCGUCGUCUUUGCCUUAGACAAAUUCCGGUCAUAUUUGGUGGGAUCUCCCAUUACUGUUUACACCGAUCAUGCCGCUUUGAAAUACCUCUUCACGAAGCAAGAUGCGAAAGCUCGAUUAAUCCGAUGGAUCUUAUUGCUCCAAGAAUUCAACAUCACGAUCAAGGAUAAGAAGGGAGUGGAGAAUGUGGUGGCGGAUCACUUAUCCCGUCUUGAGUUUGAGGAUUCUUCCUCGAGGAUUCCAAUUGUCGACUCAUUUCCGGAUGAACAACUUUUUGCCGUUUCAAGUUGCCCGUGGUACGCUGACAUCGUCAACUAUCUUGUCACCGGGCGACUUCCGGACCAUUGGACCCCACAAGACCGGAGGCUUUUUCUUAGUGAGGUGAAAAGAUUCUUCUUUGAUGAUCCUUAUCUUUUCAAAUAUUGUUCGGACCAAAUUAUCCGGCGGUGUGUGCCCGAUGACGAUCAACGGGGGAUUCUCUCAUUUUGCCAUACCGAGGCAUGUGGUGGCCAUUUCUCUCAUAAAAAGACCACCGCCAAAAUUCUCCAAUGUGGAUUCUAUUGGCCAAAUCUUCACAAGGAUGCUUAUGCAUUUUGCCGGGCUUGUGAGCAAUGCCAAAAACUAGGUGCGGUGACUCGGAGGAACAUGAUGCCCCUCACCAAUAUCCUAGUCGUGGAAGUGUUUGAUUGUUGGGGAAUUGGCUUUAUGGGCCCAUUUCCAAAUUCUUACGGGUUCCUUUAUAUUCUCUUGGCGGUGGACUACGUGUCCAAAUGGGUUGAAGCCGUGGCUACACGCACCAACGAUCAUGCAGUGGUGCUUGAUUUUCUCAAGGAGCAUAUUUUGUCAAGGUUCGGAACGCCCCGGGCCAUUAUAAGCGAUCAAGGGUCACACUUCUGCAAUCGGCCUUUUACGGUCCUCAUGAAGAAGUAUGGCAUUACCCACAAGGUAUCCACCGCCUAUCAUCCACAAUCCAAUGGCCAAGCCGAGCUCGCCAAUCGUGAGGUAAAACACAUUUUGGAAAAAACCGUUAAUCCGAACCGGAAGGAUUGGUCACUUCGUCUGACCGAUGCCUUGUGGGCAUACCGAACCGCGUACAAGACCGUGCUAGGCGCUUCGCCCUAUCGGCUUGUCUACGGUAAGGCGUGUCACCUCCCGGUUGAGUUGGAACAUAAGGCAUAUUGGGCGAUAAAAUCUUUAAACUUUCGGUUGCCCGACGCCGGCGUUCAUCGUAAACUCCAACUCAACGAACUCGAGGAAAUCCGGCGGGAUGCUUAUGAUAAUACCAACAUUUAUAAAUCAAAAGUCAAAGAAUUUCAUGAUAAGAAUAUCCAAAGAAAGAAUUUUGAUGUUGGGCAAAAAGUGUUAUUGUACAAUUCUAAACUCCAUGUUUUUCCCGGAAAAUUGCGAUCUCGUUGGGAGGGGCCCUAUGUUGUGCACAAAGUUUUUCCACACGGUGCCAUUGAAGUUGUGAAUCCCGCCAAUGGUCAUAUUUUUAAAGUGAAUGGUCAACGUUUAAAACCGUUUUUGGAAAAUUUUGCGGUGGAGGACACGGUGGAGGAGUUAGUUGAUCCGGUUUAUCCGGAUGAUCCGUUGGCCCGGCCUCUUCGGGGGUACCCAUUAUUGACUUGGGUUAUAGCUUCGCACGCUGCUAUUCAAACAAGGUUCGUGUACCCAGCUCCGGGUAACACGCUACCGCACCAGCCUUGGUUUAAGGUGGAAAUAAGGCGUGUUUUGAUGCCAUGGAUCAAUUCCAAGGGUAUCCGUACACCCGAGGCCACUUGGCACUCCAUCGCCGAGUCCCAAGAAUGA